CGCCCCGGGCGGGCCCGUUCCCCGCGUGCGCAGGCGCGGUUCCGGAGACAGAAGAUGGCGACCCAGUUGGAGGAGGAGGAGGAGGAGGAGGAGGGAGAAGAUUAUAUGUCGGAUGCCUUUAUCAAUUAUGAGCAGGAUGUCAAGCCAGGAUUGGUAAAGGUGGAAAAAGUAAAAAAGAACCAUGAGAAAAAACUUGAGCAGGAAAAGACCCUGACAAGAGUGAAUCAUGAAGAGGAAAGGCGCGAUUCCAUGCUGCAGUGCUCGUUGGGAAGUGAAAAUAGGGGCUUUGCACUGCUUCAGAAGAUGGGGUAUAAAGAAGGCCGAGGUCUUGGCAGGAAUGGAACUGGAAUUGUUGAACCCAUUCCACUGCAGAUCAAAAAAGGACGUGGUGGAAUUGGCCAUGAAAGAGCCAAGAAACGGAAAGCUGAGGAGAGGAUGGAACAUCGAAAGCAAAUGUUACAAGUCAAAAAGCAAGCAGAGAAGGUUGCCUUUAAUGAAUAUAGGGUACGUUUCAGAUUCAAAAAAGACCAAAGUCAGAUGGAGAGUGAUUUACGGAAGAGCCAGUUUGCCUGUCAACAACUCGAUCAAAAAAAGGGUAUAGAUAUCCCAGAGAAAAUUUGGUACUGGUUGCCCACUGAUCAUGAGGAGGAAGACCAGGAUGAAUUAGAUGUUAAGAAGUUUGAAACAACCGAGGAAAAGCUACAGGCAGUGACAGACUAUCUCAGAAAGACCUACUUCUACUGUAUUUGGUGUGCAAUUUCCUACGAAGGUGAGGAGGACAUGUCCAAUAACUGCCCUGGAAAUUGUGCUGCUGACCACUGCUGACUGCAGCUCAGAAUGCUAAUGGCAGCAUGUGCACGCUCUCCAGACCAAGCCUGCUGAAGCUGGGAUGAAGUGAUGUUCUGAAUGCAAAGUCAUCUCAGCUCUGAAGAUCAGUGGGAGCAGAGUCGAUUCUACCUUCCAUUUUAAAAGAAAGUUGCUGAAAGAUAAACUGUGCCAAUUCCACUGAAACUCCAGUCUCCGAUUUUUCCAUGUUUCUUGACCAGCAGGCAACUGUACCAAUAAUAUAAAGUUGCUUUCCUUUUUAAAUAUUUCAGUGUGUUGUUGAUCCCCACCAGGUAGCUUUAUUUGCUUGUGGACUAUUCACAGUGAGAGGUUUGGAAGUAGUUUGACAUUCAUCAAACUUACUCUGUAUCAAGGUCAUUGAGAGACUGAUAUUGAGUACUAAAUUUCAAAUUCCUGAUCGAAAACCUUUGUCUUCAUUAUUAAAGAGUAACACUGUGAGUGUUAGACAUGUUCUGGACGCAAGAUUAAUAUUGUAAAAUGUGUUAAAUUAGUUUUUUUUCACUCCACUGCAGGUUUUUAGGCUGUGUAUUCCCUACUGUUCUUUUGCCAUUUAAUUUGUUUGUUUAAGUUUUAUGAAUAAAUGUUCUUUUUCCUUCACAUUUUUUCAAUCCUGACCCUGAAGUUGAACAGUAAUGAUGUAAUGAUUUUUGAUUUUCUAUUUUACAACAAAUAGUCCAAAAGAAAACAUAAUUGACUGUAAACCUUAAAUUGUGAAAGGUACAAUGGAAAGACAAGUUUGUUCUUUCUUUUUAUUCCACUGUCCUUAUUAAUCUGCCAAGAGUUAUUGCCACAUUCUAUAAUUGGUAUCUGAACUAAACAAAAAUGUUCUUGAUAAGCAAGGGGCUGGAAGGUUGCUGUGGACAAAUGAGAAUAUGGAGUUGUGAUUACAGUCAAAUCAGCCACAAUCUUGUUAAAUGGCACAACAGGCUUGGGAGUACCCCCACUCCUUUUUCUCCCCCCCGCCCCCACUCCUUUGUCUUCCCCCGCCUUGAUGACCUGCCCAUCUCCUCUCCUCCUCCGUCCUUUAUUUCCAUGGUCCACUACCCUCUCCUAUUGGAUUUCUUCUUCUUCAGCCCUUUGCCUCUUCUACCUAUCACCUCCCAGCUUAUUACACCUUCCCCUUCUCACCUGGACUCACCUAUCCCCUGCCUGUGUGUGCUCCCCCCCCCUCCUCCCCCCACCACCUUAUUCCAGCUUCUGCCCUCUUCCUUUCCAGUCCUGAUGAAGGGUCUCAGCCCGAAACGUUGACUGUUUAUUUCCCUCCAUAGAUGCUGCCUGACCUGCUGAGUUCCUCCGGCACUUUUUGUAAAUUGCUCCAGAUUGCAGCAUCUGCAGAAUUUCUUGUGUCUCAGGCUUGGGAGUCUGGGGGGCUUGCUCGUGCAUUUGAUUUGUGUGUUCCGAGUUAGGCUGACGAUGCACUGUGCUGCAAGAGAUGCCACCUCUUGGAUGAAACAGUAAACCAAAGUGGACAUGAAAGAGCCCUUGGUCAUUAUUUCAAGGAGCAAUGGAAUUUUCUUCUGUGUCCUAGCCAAAAUAUGCCCCUCAAUUAAAAUAGAUUAUCUGGUCAAUAUUA